GGGGACGCCCCGAGCCGGCCUCCUCGUGCAUCCUCUCGUGCAUCCUCGUGCAUCCCCGUGCACGGGGCCGUGCAUCCUCGUGAGCCCGCGGGCGUCCCCGUGAAGCUUUGGGCGUCCUCGGGUGUCCCUCUGCAGCCGUCCCCGUGUGUGCUCUGCGCCCUCGUGCAACCUCUUGCACCCUCGUGCAACGCCGUGCCUCGCCAUGCAUCCUCGUGCAUCCUGGUGCAAUGGCACGCGGCCUCGUGCAACCGUGUGCACCGGGCUGGGCGACUUCGGCUGCCCACACGUGUCCCCGUGUGUCCUCUGCACACUUGUGCAUCCCCGUGCCUCCCCGUGCAACCUCGUGCAACUCUGAGCAUCCUUGCACAUCCCCGUGCAUCCUCGUGCCGCCUCAUGCAUCCAUCCUCGUGCAUCCCCGUGCAUCCAAUCUUGUGCACCCCCUUGCAUCCUUGUGCCGCCCUCUGCACCCUCGUGCGUCCGUCCGCGUGCACCGUUGUGCACCAAGUGCAUCCUCCACGUGCAUCCCCACGCACCCUCGUGCAUCCUCGUGUAACCCCGGGCACCCUCGUGCACCAUUUUGCACCCUGACCAUGAGCCACCAUGCGUCACUGUGCAUCCAUCCUCAUGCAUCGUGCAAUGCUGUGCACGCGCGUGCACCCCCGUGCAUCCUUGUGCAACCCCGUGCAUCCUUGUGUGAUGCUGUGCAACACUGUGCAACCUCGUGCAUGCACCCUCAUGCAACACUGUGCAUCCUCGUGCAACCCCGUGCUCCCUCGUGCAACACCGUGCAUCCUCGUGCGAUGCUGUGCAACGCUGUGCAUCCUCGUGCAUUCUCGUGCAACACUGUGCAACACUGUGCACCCUCGUGCAUGCAUCCUCGUGCAACACCGUGCAUCCUCGUGCGAUGCUGUGCAACCCGGUGCAUCCUCGUGCAACCCCGUGCAUCCUCGUGCAACACUGUGCAACACUGUGCAACCUCGUGCAUGCACCCUCAUGCAACACCGUGCAUCCUUGUGCAACCCCGUGCAUCCUCGUGCGACACCGUGCAUCCUCGUGCGACGCUGUGCAACACUGUGCACCCUCGUGCAUCCCGUGCAUGCAUCCUCGUGCACCGCCGUGCAUCCUCGUGCACCCCUCUUGCAUCCCGCAGCCCCCCCGUGCAUCCAUCCCUGUGAAUCCCCGUGCAACGCUGCACAUCCCUCAUGCCCCCCAACCCCAUGCAUUCUUAUGCUCUCCGGUGCAUCCUCGUGUGCUCACACCCGUGCAUUGUCGUGCAACCCGGCGCCUCCUCGUGCACCCUCGUGCAUCCUCGUGCAAGCCCUGCAGCCUCAUGCAUCCCUGUGCAUCAUCCAUCCCUGCGCCUCCUGGUGCACAUCGUGCGUCCCGUCUCGUCUGCGCAUGCGCGGAGCCGCGCCCAACUCGCCCCGUUGCCCGGCAACAGCCCGCCGUCGCCAAGCAACGCGUUGCCAGGCAGCGGGGAGUGACUGACAGCUCCGGGCACGCCCCCCCCUGCCGGGUACCGCCUCCCUAUUGGCUGAGCGGAGCGGGAAGGGGCGGGGCUUUGAAGCGCGUCGGGAGACGGGGCGGUGCUGGAUUGGCGGCUGGAGCGGCCAAUGAAAAGCGAGGAGGGGGACGGCGCGCGGGACGGGCAUCCCGCCCUCCUUUUCGUGCCCUCCGAUUGGCUGAGACGCGCGCGGUGGGCGGGAGCGGGAGGGAGCCUCUUCUGGUUGGCUGAGGCGCGCGCCGUGGGCUGAGAGAUGCUCCUCUCCGAUUGGCUGAGGAGAGCACG